GUGGAACUAGGGUACUAUAUUAAGAAGGAAUAUGCAUCCGCCAUAUUGGCUCCUAGUCAGUGCCGGGAAUUCAAGCAAAGUAAAGGCAUCUAAUUUUGUUUUACAUAAAAUUUUGUGUUUUACAUAGACUUAAGUAAAUAAAAUGGGCGGUUGCAGUGCAAUAAAUUGUAAAAAUAGGAGUGAAGCCGGGUAUCAAACGUUUCGCUUUCCAAAAGAAGGCGAAAGAAGAAAGAAAUGGCUUAUAAACUGUCGGCGUAACAAAUGGAUACCUUCCUCAAAUUCAAGAUUAUGCGAGAUUCACUUUGAAAGCUUUCAAUUUGAACAGAAUAGGCAAGAUGGGAUAAAAAAAUUAAAACCGAAUGCUAUACCAAUAUUAUUUAAUGUACCAAAUCCGCCAAAAAUGAUUAACAAUAUAAAACAAAAAAGGAGUGCCGAUCCUAUUUGCAUGAAAUUUCCUUUGAUACUACAAUACAAUUCAAGUAUUUCUUGCUCUGACGAAAAUGGUGCUCACUCCAAUUCUAUUUCUACAAAUAAUUCAAAUGGUCCUAAUAUCUCAAAAAAUUACGGAAUAAAGUAUAAAUCAAGAUCCACUCUUCUUGAACAAGAAAAUAUGCAAUUAAAACAGGAACUAAAUAAGGCCAAAGAAAUUUAAAAAAUAUGUUUCUCUGAAGAACAAGUUAAAGCACUGCAAAGCGGUACAAAAAUAAAAUGGAGUAAUGAGGCUAUAUCACAAGCUUUAAGAAUGCGUUUUGCUCUCGGACUUCAUGGAUAUAAUUAUUUAAGAUUAAAUUGCAAAUAUCCACUUCCUCAUUAUUCUACUGUGACGCGAAGAAUUGCAAAUAUUAAGAUCGACUUCGGAAUUUUUUAUGAUUUGUUAGAUCCUUUGAAAUCUAAAAUUGAUGGGUUACAUCCUAAUGCUAAAGAUUGUAUAGUUU